AUGCCAAAGAUCACCAUUCUAGGUGCCGGAAUCACCGGCCUGACGAUUGCGAGUCAGCUGCCCAGAGGGUACGACGUGACUAUUGUUGCUCGUAACCUUCCCAAUGACCCGGAAUCUCAGGAGUGGGCCAGCCCUUGGGCAGGCGCCGUCUUCAUGGGCAUGAUUCCCUCGACACCGAGGGAGCAAAAGAUGCAGCUGGACGCCUUCUGGACAUGGUGGAAGUUGGCUCUCGAGCAUCCAGAGUCCAGUGUCAGGAGAGUCGACAUGUACGACCUUAUCGAUGGUUCAUCUGAAGACCAAGUCUGGUACGCCAACAAGCUCCCGGACUACAGAGUCUUAUCCAAAGACGAGCUGCCCAGCGGUGCCUCAUUUGGUAUGGCAUACAAGUCCAUCAUUGUAACACCGUCAAUCUACCUUGCCUGGGUCAGGAAGCGUCUGGAGGCAACGGGUGUCAAGUUCCAGCGCCUCAACGUCAACUCGCUCUCUGAGCUCCGGGGGAUGGGACACCAUCUCUUGAUCAACUGCACUGGUGUCGGAGCGCGCUACCUCGCAGACGUGGCAGACCUCGACAUGCAGGAGGUUCGUGGUCAGACAAUCCUCGUCAAGUCCGACUUCAACAAGAUCUGGAUCCGUCGGGGCAAGGAUUACACAUAUGCCCUGGGAAGACCUGAUGGCACCGCCAUCUUGGGAGGCUUGAAGACCUUCGACAACGCCGACACCAAGAUCGAUGACGCUCUGCGCACAGACAUUCUGCAGAGAAUUCAUGAGAACCUGCCCAAGGACUUCCCUCCUCCGGACGUUGCCAGGGCCAAUAUCGUGCGAGACAUUGUUGGCAUUCGUCCUCAGAGAAAGACCGGGACCAGGGUAGAGAAGGAAGUCGUCAGAAGCCAACACGUGGUGCACGCAUACGGUCCCCAGGGUGGCGGCUACAUCUUCAGCUUCGGGCUUGCAAACGAGGUGAUCAAUCUUGUGGAGCGUUCUGUGUCAGGAGAAGACACACUCGAGACCGAGGUCAAGGCAAAUCUGUAG